AGGAGGCUCUGGAAGCACAUGUCUCCUGUCACCAAGAAAGGAGGUGGCAGGAGCACACACAUACACAUACACAAUGUGUCUGUCCUGCGACAGUGUAGAGCACUGCAAGGCGGGGUUACCGAGCGGCAUGGAGUAGAGAGCGAGAGAGGAGGAGAGUUGGAGAGGAGAGGGAGCGAGCGAGCGAGCAGGGCGAGUGAGGAGGCAGCUAGAGCGGCGGCGGCAGCGGAGGCAGCAGUAGCUGCGGCGACGGCGGCGGCGGCGGCUGCAGCAGCGGCGCGGGGUUCGGGGCAGGCUCGCCCGGAGCUGAAGCUCGGCUCCCCCCACUGCCCGGCCCAAGCUGAGCUGAGCUGAGUCGCGCCUCGCCGCGCCAGUCGCGC